UCGAUCUCGAUCUCUCACUCCGGCGAUUUCACCGAAGCUACUCCGACGAUGGGUGGAAAGAGGAAGCGCAAACUCGUGGCACCGGGUUCGUCGAUUAAUAAAACACCAAGACGAUUACCGACUCGGUAUGACUUCGUCUCUAAGGCGACGACGUCGAAUCUUCCACCGGUGGUUCUCCCUAACAACAAUCCGGCACCGUCGGUAAGGGAUUAUCCACCUCUGAGGCAACUCUUUCCGUCCUCCACGUUCCCACCUUCUGGAUCUGCUCCGGUUCCUCAAACUCAGCCUCCAACUCGAGUACCUCAGUCUUCUGGCGGUGAAGGUACUUCAUAUCCUCAUCCUGGGCGGAGACAAUCUCAAUCUUCUCCACUUCAUGGAGCUCCAUCGCCUCACAGUUCUCAAGCACAAAACUCUCAUGGAGACCCAGAAGAUUUUGCUGAGUUCGAAGCUCCAGUUGAACCUGAUCUCUCGGAGGACGUGAUGGAUGUAUUAAACCGUAUGCUAGCCCAACCAGGCCGAGAGGAGUUCACAACGGUUUGGUUAUGACAAGUC